AUGUCUGGCCUGCGGACUUUAGUCGCGCUUCUUAAUCAGCGCGUACGGCCGUUUGUCUUACCGAAUGCACACGUUAGUCCGUCGGCGUCCGUGAUAGGAAACGUCGCUAUUGCGGACCACGUUUUUAUCAAACCAAACGCUGUGCUCCGAGGUGACAGUCUUGUUCCUGACGACUUGAUUCGCCUCGGUGGGUAUACGGUCAUUGGUGAAAAUACAGUUCUGAACGCUGCCGUACAGAUAGGAUCCUGGUGUCGAGUCGGAGCGGCGUGCUCCAUCGGACGCGCCGCACGCAUCGGCAACGUGGUCACGCUUGGGGACGGUACCAUAGUGGGCGCUGGUGCGGAAAUCCCGCACGAAGUAUGCACCGAGCCACGUACAGUUAUACCAGACGGAGCGCAACUCGAGCCAAACGCCCGAUAUGCCGGGAAUCCAGCAACGCGUGUCGGUGAGUGGUCCGGUUUUGAUGUCGAGGAGAGCAAGAAACGAGCGCAAGCCGAGUGUGCACUUGGUGCGCAACAUGCGUACGAGUUCCUGCCUUUGGAAUGA